UAACAUGCAGACUACCAUGGGUCGAGUAAAAGAAAAUCUUGAGUCGAUCCUUACAGUGAGAAGGACCCCAUCUCCCCUUCGAUUACAAAGGCUUUGUGAUAGUGACACUCAAUUUAUUCUAACUGGCCCAAAUGAGCCAUGCUUUAAUCGAUGCUCAAAUAAUUCUGCUAUUUGUAUGUUUUUCCCAGUACCAUCAGAUCAUUUACAGCGUUGUGUGGAGUGCAAUGGAGACAGUAGCAAUUGUGUUGAGGCUUACAGUAAUGGACCUGGCCUUGAAGAUACAGAUCUUGCUUUGUAUGUAUAUGGAGUUAGUAUGUUUUGUGGUGCUGGCACUAUUGCUUAUGCCUCAUCCUGCCGAUUGGAGGAUCAAUAUGACAGGCCAAUAGCAGGAAUUAUUAAUUUCUGCCCAUCAGAUAUAGAUGAUAACGAAGAGGUUUUCCAGGUUGCAAAACACGAAAUAUUCCAUGUACUUGGAUUUUCAGAUAACUUAUAUCCAUGGUACAGAGAUGAAAAUGGAAACCCAAGGACACGUAGAGAUGCCAAUGGUAACCCACCUACUGAUGCCAAUGGUGAUUAUGUAGCAGAUGAAAAUACAGUUAAAAUGGUAAACUUAACUGACUGGCAAACAAGAUUCGGACAAACAAACAAAACAGUCAUUCAAUUAGUUACUCCAAAAGUUGUGGAGGUUGGAAGACGUCAUUUUAAUUGUGAUACUUUGGAGGGUGUUCAGUUAGAGGAUCAAAGUAGUAGUGGUACUGCUGGAUCACACUGGGAGAAAAGAUUACUAAAUUAUGAAGCUAUGACCGGUUUCAUAUCACAAAACCUAGCAUUCUCCAACUUUAGUUAUGCACUAUUAGAAGACAGUGGUUGGUAUAAAGUUGACUACAGCAAUGCAAGUAUACUAGUCUGGGGACGUGGUGAUGGAUGUGGAUAUACUGCUGGUUCUUGUGGAGGAUAUAUUGACUCAAAGAAAAGACAAAAUCAACCAAUAGCUCCAUUCUGUGACUUCCUUAAUAAUGAAUCUAAUCUUCAAAACCUAUCUUGCAAUAUAGACAGGACAGCAGUUGCUUUUUGUAACCUUGUGGAUAAUUACUUAUAUGUAGCAUCUAACAUUUCGAUACCUCCAGAGUAUCAGUAUUUUAAUUCAGGUGCAAAUUUUAACAACUCAGCACCUAGACUCCCAUUUUAUGGUGGAAUUUUCCAUGCAGCAGACUUCUGUCCAUUUUAUUUAGAUCUCAUUAGGCAAGCACCUCGAGGUAUAUGCAGGAAAGGGAUUCCCCUAACUGAUAAUAAUGAAGCAGCAGAGACAUAUGGGCCUAGGUCACGUUGUGUGGAUCACUCUGGAAAGUGGCAGAUCACUAAUGGCUCAAACACAUACACUGCCCAAUACAGUGCUGGAUGCUAUGAGUACCAAUGCUCCAAUAGUGCUGUCAUAAUAAUGAUUCUUGGACAGUCAUAUACCUGUAGUAGAGCUGGUCAAGUGAUACAAGUUGAUCAGACUGCAAAUGGUGUGAG